AUGCAUCCCAACAGUGUCAUCAUUGGAACUACGGCCCAAAACACAACGAAACGAAUCGCCUCUUAUCUGUCUUCAAGCCUUGACUUAUUGGAGAAAUUAUGGAAUUUCUAUGGGCCGAUUUUUAUAGCAAGCCUUGCAUUGCUUUGGAUGCUCCAGGCCCUUUACAACAAGUUCUUCCACUCAUUGAGCAAAGUUCCCGGUCCAGGAUUGGCGAGUGUUAGUGAGUUGUGGAGAACAAUGCGCUACUUCCGCGGAACAUGGCACGAUGAUAUUGUUUCUCUGCACCGAAAGUACGGCAACGUCGUGCGAAUUGCACCCGAUGAGGUAAGCUUUGUGGAUGCAACUGCUCUGAAGAGUAUAUAUGGGAUGGGUAAAACUUCGCUGAAGUCGAAUUGGUAUGAUACCUGGCUCGUUCCGAACAUGACGGCCAGUUUCUUCGCGGCCACUGAGCCCAAAGUGCAUCGGCAUUUACGUUCUCGCGUCUCAAAUGCGUAUUCAAUGAGUUCUAUUCUCUCCAUGGAGCCUUUCAUCCAAGAAGUAGCUUCCGAGCUAUGGGGACGCUUUCGGGAAUUCAGCAAAUCAUCCGAACCAGUGCCACUACAUCUUUGGGGAAAUUACUUUGCUUUCGAGGUUGUUGGCCAGCUCUCCCUUGGUGGAAAAAUAGGAUUUGUGGAAAGGGGCGAAGACGUGGAUGGCAUCAUUAAGAGUAUUCACGACGGCUUUUAUCUCAUGGCCAAUAUGGGAAAUGUGCCACUCCAGAUGUUUUGGUUCAAUAACCCAAUUUCGCAGUGGAUGGUAAAGAUGUUUGGUGGAGAACGUUUGAACUCUUUUAGCAUUUUUCUGCAGUGGCUGGAGGAGCGAGUCAUAGAGCGCAUGACAAACGGACUAGGCAACAAAAGAAAGGAUAUGCUUCAACACUUUGUGGAAGCAAAAGAUAUGAAUGGCCAGCCAGUCAAAAAGGGUGAUGUGAUGAUUGAAGGGGUGAGCAUUCUGGGUGCCGGGGCCGACACCACAUCUAUCAGCAUUUUGGCAGUCGUAGGAGCAAUUUUGACCCACCCUAAAGCGAAGAGGCAGCUACAGGAUGAGCUUGAGCAAGCCUACAAAGAGCUGGGACUGGAAGGAACAGACUCGGAAAUUGCCUUCAAGGAUGCGGAAAAGCUCCCUUACCUCGCUGCCGUGAUCAAGGAGAGCAUGCGACUGCACCCUUCUAUCAACUACCAGUUGCCGCGGGUUGUUCCCCCAUCGGGAGUCCAGAUAGGGGAUCAUUUCAUAAAGUCGGGAUCUAUUUGCAGCAUCAGCCCUACGACGAUGAAUCGUUCUAAGGAUAUUUUUGGUGCUGAUGCAGAGGAGUGGAAACCUGAAAGAUGGAUUCCGGCCACGGAAAAGGACCAAGGCCGUAUUUCAACAAUGAACGGAUUUCUCACUACGGUAUGCUUGAGCUGGGAUCCAUUCUACGUGAUACACGAGCUAACUGGAAACUGUCAGUUUGGAAUGGGCGCUCGCAGCUGCGUGGGAAGAAAUAUUGCCCUCGUCGAGGUUCACAAGUUUAUCGCUCAGUUCUUCUACCACUUCGACAUCGAAGUGAUUAACAAGGAAAAGCCCUGGGUCGUUAAGUCGCAGUGGUUUGCUAUUCAGAAAGACUUUUGGGUGAAGAUCAAAGAACGUGAGCACUAG